UGCUCCCUGGCCGGCACCUGGAAGAGUGACCUGGGCAGCACCAUGAAGAUCAACAGCGUCAGAGACAUGGGGGUGUUCAGCGGCACCUUCAACAUAAUACCACAUAAUAACCCCAUACAGAACUCUCUAUUCCCGCUGCAGGGCAUCCAGCACCAGGGGCGCCAGCCCACCUUUGGCUUCACCGUCAGCGGCUUCUUCUAUGGACCCAUCGUCGCCGUCUUUGUGGGCCAGUGUCUGGUGGACGGGAACGGAAAGGAACAGCUGAGGACAACCUGGCUAUUUCGUAAGCACGUGAAAUCCGCAGCAGAGGAUUGGGGGGCGACCCGGGUUGAAAGGAGCACCUUCUACCGCAGAGAGUGA